UUCUUUUUGACAUGACUGCACUCGUAGUAAACUAAUGUAUUGAUAUUCGAUCGAAGAAAUUGUUAUUAAUUGGAAAUUUCUUUUUUCUGAAGAUAAAAAGCUAAAUGUCCUGAAACGUGUUAUUGCGAACAGUUCGUGAAAGGUAUGUGAUAUGACAUUUUUAUUCAUUAUUCGUGAAUAAAAUUUGCUCGACUCUGUCCCCACCCACUAACCAGAACGAAUCCAAAUACGAGUUGGUCGUGGUACAACCUCUGUUGUUGGUUCAAGUUUCAGUUAGUAUUUGUUACUAUGGUUACACACGGUGAAGCAUGGCCGCUCGAUUAACAGUUUGCGAGCGAGCGUUGCGCAGAAAGGUAAUCAAGUGCAUGGAAUGCCGAUGAUUCGCGCCGCAAUCAUUUUCUGCUUCCGGUUUAGCAGCUGUACACAAAACGGUCCAUUAAUAUAAUGCACGAGCCACGUCCUGAUAAGACGAAUCAGGCGUCGAGCUGAAGGUGUGUGUGCGAUCGUCUUUAAUAAACCGAGCGCAAAUGACGAUGAACCGAUACAUAACUCUGAAUCAAUUGGGCGACGGAACGUUCGGUUCUGUCGUUUUAGGAGAACGUAUCGAUACCGGGGAGAAGGUUGCUAUAAAACGAAUGAAGAGGAAAUACUAUUCGUGGGAGGAAGCUAUGAAUCUGCGCGAAGUAAAAUCUUUGAAAAAACUCAGUCACGCGAACGUGGUGAAAUUGAAGGAAGUGAUACGAGAGAACGACGUGCUCUACUUCGUCUUCGAGUACAUGAAGGAAAAUCUGUAUCAGUUGAUGAAGGAUAGGGACAAACUUUUCCCAGAGCCGGUGAUCCGAAAUAUAGUGUACCAAGUGUUGCAAGGACUAGCUUUCAUGCAUAAACAUGGGUUCUUUCAUCGCGAUAUGAAGCCUGAAAAUUUAUUGUGCAUGGGACCGGAAUUGGUGAAAAUAGCUGAUUUCGGAUUGGCCAGAGAAAUACGGUCAAGGCCUCCUUAUACGGAUUACGUGUCCACGAGAUGGUACAGAGCGCCGGAAGUGUUGCUCCACUCGACGACUUACAACAGCCCCAUCGAUAUUUGGGCAGUAGGUUGCAUCAUGGCUGAAUUGUACACGUUCAGGCCACUGUUCCCCGGCAAAAGCGAAAUCGACGAAAUUUUUAAAAUCUGUUCCGUGAUCGGCACUCCGGAGAAGGACGAUUGGCCGGAGGGAUAUCAGUUGGCUGCCGCUAUGAAUUUCAAGUUCCCGAACUUCACUCGUACAUCGUUGAACGUUCUGAUACCAAACGCCAGCCAGGAAGCAGUGAUAUUCAUGGAAGACAUGCUGCAAUGGAACCCUAUUAAAAGACCCACGGCACAGCAAUCUCUCAGGUAUCCUUACUUUCAAAUGUCCAUUCCGCGGGCAAUCAACAGUAAAAAGAUCGGCGUCGCGACCCAGCGUGAUCUAGUCCUGAACAAAGUGAAUCUUCCGUCUCCUGUUCCCAAACAGUACAACUAUCCCCAGGAUAUCUUGAAAAACUCGCUCGAAACCAGAGCACAAGAGAAUGUAGCGCAGACGCAACAGCAACAACAGCAACAACAGCAACAGCAACCGAUGCUACUACCGUUACUGAACCAUAAUAAUUACGCGCGCAAAAGCAAUCCCCCGAAGUGGGAUGAGGACGAUUUUGCCGAGCUUCUGGGAAGCAAGAUCGUUCCCGAGAACGCGAACGUAAAGCUUGCUCCAGAUCGAGUGUACAAAGAGAAUCGUGCCAAUUGGAACGCCAAUUAUUUACCAGACAAUCCGAAGCAGAGCAACGGGAACUGGACGCUGCCAACGUGGAACGAACCAGCCCCCAUACAUUGGAAUCAGUCGCAAUCGAACUUGAAGAACGGUCGAAAAGUAUCGGCGAAACAACACUACCUCACUGUGGCUCGAUACGUCGCUGGGCCGAGUACAAGCUUGUCCUCCAGAAAUGGUGACUUCGACGCGAACCAACCUAGGUUAAUGCGGAAUUUGGUCGGGCAAACGUUGGAGAAGUAUGAGGAAUUCACUGAUUCUUUUUGGGUACCCAGGAAUCCUAUCGAGAAUCAAUCGAAACAGUAUUACCUCCCAAGAAAUCGUUACAUUACAGAUCAAACUUUGAGACUGCCUUAUCCCAGCGUUUAUGGUACGCAAAGUAUUAAAACGACGAACAAAGGGACGCUUCAACCGGGCGUGUAUGGAAAUGUGCUGAACACAAAAGGUAGCGGAAGCCUUCACGGCAGAACGGAUUGGGCUGCUAAGUAUCUAAAAUGA